CUCCUUUCGCGCAUGCUCAGUCGGCUCCGCGCAGCUGUCGGACAAUGGCCGCCUCUGCUGCAGGAAUAAACAAGCAGGGCGCCGUGACCACCAUGGAACCCUGCGUCCGGCACGGCAGGGGUGCGAAUGGAGGCACAGUCAAGGUGCUGGAGUGUGGCGUCUGCGAGGACGUCUUCUCCCUCCAAGGCGACAAGGUCCCCCGUCUCCUGCUGUGCGGGCACACCGUGUGCCACGACUGCCUGACCCGGCUGCCCCUCCACGGCCGAGCGGUCCGCUGUCCCUUCGACAGGCAGGUCACUGAGCUGGGGGACUCUGGAGUGUGGGGUCUAAAGAAGAACUUUGCCCUGCUUGAACUUUUGGAGCGACUGCAGAAUGGCACCAGCAACCAGCCGGGCACGGCCGAGGAUGCUCUGAAAGGGAUGGGAGAGUGUGUCAUCCGCUGCGACGAGGACGAGAGCCACACGGCCACCAUGUACUGCACCGUGUGCGCCACCCACCUGUGCGCCGAGUGCUCGCAGCUCACCCACUCCACCCGCACGCUGGCCAAGCACCGCCGCGUGCCGCUGGCCGACAAGCCCCACGAGAAGACGCUGUGCCCCCAGCACCAGGUCCACGCCAUCGAGUUUGUGUGCCUGGAGGAGGCGUGUCAGCCGGGGCCGCUCAUGUGCUGCGUGUGCAAGGAGUACGGCAAGCACCAAGGACACAAGCACGCCGUCCUGGAGACGGAGGCCAAUCAGAUCCGGGCGUCCAUUCUGGACAUGGCGCACUGCAUCCGCACCUUCACGGAGGAAGUGUCCGAGUACUCCAGGAAGCUGGUGGGCAUCGUUCAGCAAAUAGAAGGCGGAGAGCAGAUAGUGGAGGACGGCGUUGGCAUGGCCCACACGGAACACGUUCCCGGCACAGCAGAGAGCGCUCGCUCCUGCGUGCGCGCCUACUUUGCAGACCUCCACGAGACGCUGUGUCGGCAGGAGGAGAUGGCGCUGAGCGUGGUGGAUGCGCACGUGCGUGAGAGGCUGAUCUGGCUGCGGCAGCAGCAGGAGGACAUGACCAUCCUGCUGUCUCAGGUGUCCACCGCCUGCCUGCACUGUGAGAAGACGCUCCAGCAGGACGACUGCAGGGUGGUGCUGGCCAAGCAGGAGAUCAACUGUCUGCUGGAGACGCUUCAGAAGCAGCAGCAUCAGUUCACAGAGCUGGCAGACCACAUCCAGCUGGACGCCGGCAUCCCGGUCACCUUCACCAAGGAUAACCGGGUCCACAUUGGCCCCAAGAUGGAGAUCCGUGUGGUGACCCUUGGGCUGGAUGGCGCCGGAAAAACCACUAUCCUCUUUAAGCUGAAGCAGGAUGAGUUCAUGCAGCCCAUUCCCACCAUCGGUUUCAACGUGGAGACGGUGGAAUAUAAGAACUUGAAGUUCACUAUCUGGGACGUGGGAGGCAAGCAUAAGCUGAGACCGCUGUGGAAACACUACUAUCUCAACACGCAAGCCGUGGUGUUUGUGAUUGACAGCAGCCACCGGGACCGUCUCAUGGAGGCGCACAGCGAGCUGGCCAAGCUGCUGACAGAGAAGGAGCUCAGAGACGCCCUGCUCCUUAUCUUCGCCAACAAGCAGGACGUGCCUGGCGUGGUGUCUGUGGAGGAGAUGACGGAGCUGCUGAGCCUGCAUAAGCUGUGCUGCGGGAGGAGCUGGCACAUCCAGGGCUGCGACGCCCGCAGCGGGAUGGGCCUCCACGAGGGGCUGGAUUGGCUCUCCAGGCAGCUGGUGGCUGCCGGCGUACUUGACGUUGCCUAAAAUGUCCACAAGUCUGAACCCCCCACCCGCCAUAUGCAACAUCGCUGGUUUGAUGUCUCUGCAAAGAUUGAGGGCUCAUCUGUGAACAGCUCCCACACGUGAAGGUAUGCUUGGAAGAAGCCACAACACGUACUACCGAUUGGGGGGGGGGCAGUAAGUCAUUGACGCUUUGUUCCCCCAAGAAGCUUCACCAUGUACUCAUCAUAACCACCACGUGGGACAGGGGAGGAGUUUUUUUGUGCCAAAAUGAGUAAUUCGUUAAAUUGUCAACUCAAAUGUAGAUUGAAAAAUAGUAAUAAGUUAUUUCUAAGUCAUUUAUGAUUUUACUUGCGUAAUUCCAUUUAAAUGAAUAAAUAUCAGUCAGCCAUCAAGGUGAAUAAUAAAUAAUGAAUAAACCAAUCAAUGCAUACAUUUUGGAAAUAAAAAUGUAGAAUACCGGUAGGCUGAAUAUAAUUAUUUCUAUUGCAAUUUAAUGAAUGAAUGACAAUUUAAUAGAUUUGUUACCUUCAUUCAUUUGAUUGAAUAGUUUUCAUUUUGGCCCAAAGAACUCCAUAGGGGACAGUCAUGUUAUCAUAACGUGUAUUUCUAUACCACCACCCACACGUAGUGCACGUCUUCAUUGGUACAUUUGCAGGGAUGUUAGCAUAGCAUGCUUGGUCUCGAUGUGCUCUGUUACAGAACAAUGUUUGUUAUUACUCAUAUUGUAUAUAUUUAUGAGGCUGAGGGAAUUUUACACGCCAGCUCACCCUUUUUUUGUUCUUUGUUGCACGUGAAACGGGUCAAGUGCACGUGUUUGCUGCCUGGCCAUCAUCCAGUGGAACUCUGCUGUCUCUAAGUGGACCCCCACCCCAGUAUUAAUGUCACUACAAAAUGGGAUAACCUUUCAAAUCAAGCCGCAGCCUUCCGUGACGUAAUGUGAAAUGACACUUUGUCUCAUUAGCCAAGAUGCAUUGUUUGAGUUGAAUCAUUGUCAUGUUUGCUACACACACACACAUUGUAUAUAGAUCGCAAAAAAAAGAAAAAAAAUACUUCAAUGUCGAAGCACAAUGCGCUUGGAUGAAAACCUUUGACCUGAUGACUUUUGUAAAUGAUUGAUGAUGGAAAAUAAAGGCAUUCACCAGA